AUGGCCGAGGUAGAGGUGUUUGCAGCACCAUCAAAAGAAGCUCCUACGGAAACACUUGUGGACCGAGCAACGCCACGUAUUCCGCUAUGGAGGCGAGUUGAGGAGAAGUGGGAUAAAAUUCAAAUCGGACGCCAAGGCUCGUACUCCGUCGAGCGGCUCGAAAGUCUGGAGCACUACUACAAAACUACUUCAAAAGCUCGCGUCAUUUUGGUCUGCAUUGCGACCCCGUUGCCUGCGUUGACUACAGGUGUGCUCGUGGAAUGCUUACCACUGCGGUCUCCAUCCGAGGGGUGGAAAGCCAAUUGGGUUUUCUGGAUCCGACUUCUGCUAGUUCACCUCAUUCUGAAUGUUGCCGUGAAUUCCCAAUUGAUCCGGUUCAUACCGGGCCUCAAUUUCACUUUCGGUAAGAUUGUUAUUAUCGCCGCGGGGAUUACUACUGCCUUCCUUGGGACGGCUAUCCUGGCUGCAAGCACGAUUGGAUUCCCUGUGCCGCUCAUGAUGCAGUUUGCUACAAUUCCUAUCGGGAUUUAUGCAGUGAUAAUGACUUUGCUCGUUUUAGGCCCGGUCUUGGUUGCAAAAGACUCACCAUUCAAAGUUCACUUCGACAGAUAUAAUCGAUUCUUCUUCACGUUCAUGGUACUCUGUGGCGUUUUUCCGAUCAACAAAGUGCUGUACGAAGCUGUCCCUGUAGAGUUUAAAACUGUUGUCGUUGUUAUUUUACCGAUUGUGAAAUUCGCUGCUAAGCAUUUUCUCGUACUCGCUCUGCACGAACUAGUAGAUGUGAUGCCUGUACUUGUCGCACUGUCUGUUGACUUCAUGACGACUUUAUUUAUCGCCGUGUGUAUGUCGACUUCGGGGUCUUUAACUUUGACGAUUCUCUUCAUUACCGCAGAUUUUAUUCAAUCGUGGCUGGAGUUUCGAGAGAUGAGGACCAAUUCACGAGCUUUGUUGCGGCUAGUAAAUGACAGAAGAAAUUCUAAAAAUCGACCAGAUCUUCCUAAAGCUAAAGAUCUACUCUCGAUAAUUAUUAAUGUGGUUAAAAACUCCGGUGAUCUUCGGCGGAAAUCACUGGAAACGGUGCGUCUUUGGGCUUGUCUGCCACAUUCUCUCACGAGAGAGAAAGCUGAGCGACUUCAGACACUCGAUGCAUCAGGUGUGUACAGUGAAAGGUAUGAUAGUAUGCACAGGAAGAAGAGUCAACAGCUUCAGCAGCCAAGCUUACGACCACUUCGACAGGCAUCCAUUGCACCUAUCUGUGAUCCACCUACAGAAUACCUUACUUCACAGCCAGAGAGUGAACGCAACAGUCGGCAACCAGAGAGAGCAAAGGCGCUGAUGGUUCAGGGACUACAGAUCCUAUUUCACAGCGAGUAUUUGGUUCUAGUCGAGUACGUCGAGUGCAUGGUACCCCUCAUUCUCUUGGUAUACAGGUCGGCUCUCGAACGAUUACCGAACAUCGUGUAUUACCCUGGUGGUGCUGGGUAUUGGGGUAUAAACGCUAUAGCAAAUAUGGUGCUAUUGGUGGUUCUGGAGAUUGGAUCAUUGCUCUUCUUGAACGCAUUCCUGCAACGCAAAUUUGCCUUUUCUCCGUUAUAUCAGCUCGCUUUUGUGCUUGAAACAGAGGUGUUCGUAGUCCAAGCGAUUUUCUUUAUCCAGUGUCUCAUUUUGCUUCAAUUCGAGUUGGAGCAUUUGGGUGCUGAUUUCACUCUUGAAUUUAAAUGGCUUCGUGAUAAAGGACAAUAG